AGAGAAAAAACGACUAAAUUUAUUGCUUCCACCAUGUAUCAUCGCAAACCAUUUUAUUGUACAAGCAAUGGCUGUUUGUCCCCAGAACCAAGACUUUCUAAAUAUUGUCAUUACCCACUUUCGUGUCCACCAUUGAUGUGUAGACCAAGACCAAAGUCGCUGCCAUUACCACCUACUAUAUGUAUCGCUGGACCUUGUCCACAACGAUCAGCUUCAAGAUUAUAUUGUCGUCCGUCAGCACCAAAAAUAUUGCCACCAUCCUCCUGCGUUCGAUUUUGCAUUCGAUACUCGAACGAAGGAUCAAGUUGCUACCCUUGCUACUGGUCUAAUUUACCAAAAUGUCCUAGCAGUAUCUGUUAGGAUCAUCUAACAGCAUACUUGAUAAUACAGAACCGAGAUAUA